AUGGGCCCAGAUCAGCAAUCUUCAGGCGUUUUUCACUCAAUUCUCUGGACCGGCGCACUUUUCGUCGCCAUCGUCUCCGCCCACUUCACCCGAGCCCUCCUCCAAAACGCAACCGCUCAAUAUAUCGCGGCCCAAAGAAACGGAAAUCCCGCUCUAAUCACCGCCCUUGCCAGUAAUGCAUCACACAUCGAGAGCGAGAACCCCCCAAUGAAGAUCGAUCACAUUAGGGUAUCAGCAUUCACGAUACCACAAAUUGGAAUCAAAUCACAGCCAUCGAGUCGGCCGCUACUCAUCCCGGAGAUUGGGCGUUCAACGCAACAGGAUAUCUCGAGCUCUCUAGAGAACUGGGAGCCCAUUCCAGCAGCAAAGCAAGACAGCAGCGCAGUCACCCAAGCAGUAGGCGACGCCUACUUCAACAGUUUUGGCAACAUUAACGUCACUGUUCCCUGGAGAACGCCUUGUGCUCGUCCUGAAGGCGGAGCUUGCACAGGAGCUAAUAAUCUAACGGAAGAAACGUGUGAUCUGGGAUUGCCUUUCACGAUCAAGGUUACGAAUCGGAGGCAUGUGGUUGGUGAGGUUAUGGGUGCGGUGGAUAUGUUUUUGGGCUUUCCGGGGCUGGAUAGGAGUCAGGGGCAGUCGUCGAUGUCGGAUAGUCACUUCUUCAGCGUGGACGGGGGCAAGGUUAGGUAUAUCCAUACGGUUUCCUCUUGUGUGGAGGCUGUGUGUGGGAAAGAUGGGGCGGGGCUGCCAUGGUUAUUGCGAAGGGAAUACGCUCUUGUUGUGAAACAGGACGCGACAUUGAAGUGCUGAGGUACUCUUCACAUGAUCGUUGG